GCGGGGUCGCCUCCUCUCGAGGCUCCUGGGAUGCAGAGGAAGCCCGAUCCGGCGAAGGGAAGCGCUCGAGCCCGAAGCGAAAGCCUUUCACUGGCUCUCUGGAGAAGAUGUUGCUUGUGACCCUUUCUAGCCGAAGCGGUGGCUGCCUUCUCCGGGCGGUGGGGGCCAUGCCCGGGCUUCAGCUUCCCAGUUUCCCCCAGGGGAGAGCUUGCCACUCAGGAGUAUCCUCUCACCCCCCUACGAAAGGCGCCAUGAUCAAAAAGAGGGGCUACGACAUCACCCGGAACCCCCAUCUCAACAAGGGGAUGGCCUUUACACUUGAAGAGAGACUCCAACUUGGCAUUCAUGGCCUGCUUCCUCCUUGCUUCUUGAGCCAAGAUGUUCAAGUCCUUCGUGUAAUGAAAAGCUACGAGACCCAAUCCAGUGAUCUAGACAAAUAUAUCAACCUUAUGACCCUCCAAGACCGAAAUGAGAAGCUCUUCUACCGAGUCCUCACAUCGGAUAUAGAAAGAUUCAUGCCUAUAGUGUACACUCCUACCGUUGGCUUGGCCUGUCAGCAAUACGGGUUGGCUUUCCGAAGGCCUCGCGGACUGUUCAUUACCGUUCAUGACAAAGGACAUGUUGCAACCAUGCUGAACUCAUGGCCUGAAGAGAACAUAAAGGCAGUUGUGGUGACAGAUGGAGAGAGAAUUCUAGGUUUGGGGGACCUCGGGAGUUACGGCAUGGGGAUCCCAGUAGGAAAACUUGCUCUCUACACUGCUUGUGGUGGCGUUCACCCCCAGCAGUGCCUUCCUGUCCUGCUAGACGUUGGCACAGACAACGAGGCCCUUCUGAACGAUCCCUUGUACAUUGGUCUGAAGCACAAGAGAGUUCGUGGGAAACAGUACGACGACCUGAUUGAUGAGUUCAUGCAAGCCGUCUCAAACAAGUAUGGGAUGAAUUGCCUCAUUCAGUUUGAAGACUUUGCCAAUGCCAACGCGUUCCGACUUCUCAACAAAUACCGGAACCGAUACUGCACAUUCAACGACGACAUUCAGGGAACUGCUUCUGUCGCAGUCGCGGGCAUCUUUGCAGCCUUGGGGAUCACAAAGAACAAGCUGUCAGACCAUAAAUUUGUUUUCCAAGGAGCUGGAGAGGCUGCUAUGGGCAUAGCCCACCUGAUCGUUAUGGCCCUGGAAAAGGAAGGCGUUUCAAGGGAAGAGGCUAUCCAAAAAAUCUGGAUGGUGGACUCCAAGGGACUGAUUGUCAAGGGCAGGAGUCACUUGAAUCAUGAGAAGGAGAUGUUUGCCCAUCACCACCCCAACGUGAGGACCCUUGAAGAAGUGGUGCAGAGAGUCAAACCUACAGCAAUUAUCGGCGUUGCUGCCAUUGCGGGAGCUUUCACCGACCAGAUUUUGAAGGACAUGGCAACGUUCAAUGAAAGGCCAAUCAUUUUCGCCCUGAGUAACCCCACCAGCAAAUCAGAGUGCACGGCAGAGCAGUGCUACCGUUUGACAGAGGGUCGUGGUAUAUUUGCAAGUGGGAGUCCAUUUCCAAAAGUGACCUUGCCAAGUGGACAGACCUUCUUCCCUGGACAAGGAAACAAUGCCUACGUGUUUCCUGGUGUUGCUCUGGGAGUCAUCGCCUGCGGGGUCCGGCACAUCUCUGACGACAUCUUUCUCAUCACAGCACAGUCAAUUGCGGAAAAUGUCACCAAAGAGAAUCUUGCCGAAGGAAGAUUGUAUCCCCCGCUGAGCACCAUCCGAGAUGUCUCCUUCAAAAUUGCUGUUAAAAUUGUUGACUAUGCCUAUAAACACAACUUGGCCUCCUGGUAUCCAGAACCAGAAGAUAAAGAAGCCUUUGUCAGAGCCCUCAUUUACAGCCCCGACUACGACUCCUUUGCUAUCGAUAAUUACAGGUGGCCCCAAGAAGCCAUGCAGACUCAAAACAUUUAACGUUCUUUCCCCCUCCACUUUGUCUUAAAGAAACUCUCACCUUUCCGAUGCUCACAUUUUUACCAGCGUGGAUAUAAACAAAUCUUCUAGCUUAUAGAUAUAAAUGGAGGGGUGAGCAAGCACUUUUCUUUUGUUCGCGCAGCUGCCUUUUUAUAUAUCUGAGCCGGAAAACCGCACAAAGUCAACAGGGACGUUUGCGUUCCAUGGGAGUGGAAGAACAGACCUGGGUGGGAUCUCGUUUUCAGUUUAAGCACUCCCAGCAGGAGUUCUUCCCAAGAAAAUCCAUCCAAAGAAGUUGCUCUGUACCCUUUCCAAGCUUGUCCCCGCUCUCCAAAGAUACCACAGGCUGCUGAGGCCCAGCACCCCCCAGGAAUACCUGGAGCUGGGAAACCUCACAACCCAUCAGCUAUGUAUCAACACAUGCGUCCAUCUGUAUGGGCUACUGUACUCUAAGCUAGGGAAUGAGGCAUGUAGCUCCUUACUUGGAAUUUUGCAAUUGUUCCCACCUGUCAUAGCAACUUUGAUGCAUAUUGCUUGACAGAUAACCUGUGCAAUAUCCUGGCCCUGGGUAUGUCUAGGGUUUGCCAGGACUUGGGAAGGGGUACCACUGCACCCAACUGUGCUAUGUUCUAUAGCAGAGUUUCAAAUAGGUCUCUUACCCACCCUAGAACUCCAGCUGUCCAUACCUCAGUUAUUGAAAACGUUCUAAAUUAUUGGUAUUCACUGUGCUUAGUUUAUAGUUCCAGUUUAUCAUAAAUUUAGGGAGCUCUACCAAACACAUAGCAGUGUUGCCUGCUAGCCAUUUAUCAAAGCCUUCAAAGUUCUCGAAAAUCUUUUUAUGUAGCUCCAGGCAUCCAUGCCGUACAUUAGUCUGUGGCUAGCAGUUUCGAUGUAUGGAAAUAGCACUCCUGUUUAUAUGAAGCACUCUUCAUUCAGAUGUUUUUAGAUGUCCUUUAGGCCAUCUGAAUAAGUUUGGUUUUCACUCUGUUCUGGUGUUUAAAAAAUACAGGUAGCAUUUAUAAUGAAACAUUUGGUGGGAUUCAGUGAGCCAUCAGUGAAACUUGCCGAUGGUCAUGGAGCCUUCCCGUCUUCCCCUAGCCUCUCCAGUUACUCCCAGCCCUGGGACAGUUGAUUCCCAGGAUCAGGGGACCCGCAUGAACCAUGGCCAGUGCCUUGGAUCAGAGAACUGCAGGGAAGAGGGAGAAGUCACUCAUUCUUCAUCUUCCAUUGGCAGUGAUGAAUUGCUGGAAGAAGAACGGGACGGUUUCACCACCUCCACUACAAAUCCCAGUUCCACCUGGAUAUUGGUCCGUGCAGGUUCUGCGACUCCAGGAAUCAACUUCCACGAAAUCAACUGGGGGAUGGAGAACAUGGGAAAGCUCCAUUAAUGGAUUGCUGGAACCAACCCAUUAAUCGCCAUUUCAAGACAGGGAAGAGCUAACCCCCUGUAACUGUCAUUAUAAAUGGAUUAAUUACUAGUAGUAUCUGUGGAAGCUCAGGAGAAAAACUUUAUUUUUUACCCAGAGCUCUAAAGGGGCUUGUUUUUGGUGUGUUGUGUGGGUUUGCCAGUGUGUGUUCUCACGCUGCAGUGUGAGUACAAGGGAAGGCAGCCCAUGGCAAAAAUGACAAAGUUUGGCAUAUUAAGAGCCACUGGAACAAAAAUCACAGUUUACAUUUCCCCCCCCCUCCUCCGCUGUGCCCACAAGAUAGAUUGUUGCCUUGGUUAACAUGCAGAAUUCUUAAAGUGGUUGGAUUUUUAAAAAUUAAUUGGUUGGGGUUUUUUUGUGUAGAGCAAAGGAUUUUCCCCCCUUCAAACUACCCAUAUGUAUUUGCUUUUGUAAAGGUAAUAUUGUAAUGUUUUCAGUACCUUUGCCCUUCAGAUAUAUGUGAUUUUUCUAGCCUUGAUGAUUUGAUUGCUAGCCUGAGGCAGGGAUCUAAUUGCGCUGUUCUAUAAAUUAUAUUUCAAGUCCCAUUCAUCUAUCAGGUUUCGCUGAGACAAGGACCAGGUGACAGUAAUUGAUUUCUGAAAAUGUAUGCACCAAGUUACUCCGUCUUUAAAAGUUGACACCUCACUCAUGAAUUUUCAGCAACAAAACGGCUUCUAAAGUACAGCUGUGAAAGCAGGGUCAGCUGUACAGUUAAUGCAGUGUAGAGUAGAAAAAAAUAUUUUUACCAUUGGAGUGUGCCAUUUUGACUUUCUGCCUCAGGCACCAAAGUGUCUUGGGCCUUCUCUUUCAAAAAUACCUUCCUAAUUAACAUUUGCAGAAGUACUGGUUUUGAUUUGCCAAUUAAAAAACAUACAGCAGCGAUCCCCAGACUGGUGCUUUAGGCCCGUGGUGCUCACCAUUACAUUUCUUGGUACCCACUGGCUUUGCUUCCCCAAAGCAUAGAACCCAUUCGGGCUCUCCACCACUUUAUUGGAAUAGGAAGUACUUCAGAAGAGCUAUCUGGCUUUAUAUGUGUGAUCAUUUCUGACUAUUUUGGCACAGUUUUAUAGUAGCGGAAGCAAAAGGGAAUACCACAGCAGUCGUUUCUCUGUAUCUGCCAGCAAGCUAUUAAUAAUUAUAAAUAAAAGAUUAAUAAUUAGUUCCAACAAAAAUCUGGACCGAACAUUUCGAUCUCCUGUCUUUAGCGAUGAAGACAUGCCAACGAGGUCUGUAGGGAGCGGAAUAGAUGCUUGGGAUAUUAACUACUACCUGUGCAGAGCUGGUUUUUAGAUGGGGUAUGCAGUUCGGGAAAGAUGCGCACAGCUUCCUUUUUGCACGCACGAUUCUCCCCAUUGACUCAAAGGACGUGCCACAUUUCUGCUGCUACAUAAGUAGGAAAAGCACUGAAGUUCAUAAAAGUUUGGACUGCGGACUUACAAAAGGAAGAGCAUUCACCUGCCCCUUCGCUCAUUUGAAAUUUGUUUUUAAUAAAAGAAAUAGGGGGAGAAAUGGCAACAAAUAAUCUUGUUGAGUUGAAGCUGACAAGCGAUUCCUCACUAAAUUGUUUCUUGCCAGAAUAAAGGCUGAUGUUCCUGAGUGGUAGAGCACUUAGCGAUUGUGUAUCUCAGUUCUUAAGAAAAUCAGUAAUUUCCGACAAAAGCCUGCCUGUGAACAAACAAUCCUUUUGUUGAUUCCAAUUGACUUCAAGCAGAUUUGGGGGGGUUUUUUUGUUUUUUGCUUCCCAGCAUGCGUAAGUUAAUUUGUAAACACCGAGAGUCUUGCCUGAAUUCAGAUUAUAAGAAUAAUGCUACAGCAUUUUUGACACUUAAUACAACAAAGCAACAGCUAUUCCCAGCAGUUUGUGACAAAUCAUACAUGAUGGAGUUCGCAGUCAGGACUCUCAGCAGGCUAGUACCAUUUCUUGGGGUAUUUGGAAAAGAUAAUGCAGUCCAUCUAAAAUCAUUUUGUUUCUCUGAAUAGUAUUGAUUCAACCAUGACUUUGCAAUGGUUGUUAUAUUUUUUAUUAGCUGUAAGCAUAAAAGCUAUUUUGCCUCACAAAAGUCAGCCUCAGUCGCCAGUCGUAUGUGUCGGCAUAUGAAUAUCAUAACCACAGAGAUGGGGUUCAUCACGUGAAUUUUCUUGCCUGAUUAGCAACCCAUUGAAAAGGAAAGGGGCACAUGCAUUUUACAGCUGUUACAGUACUGAUGUUCCAAACUUGAGUAAUUCCAGAAAGCUCUACCCAGAAGCCUCUCAAUAGGUGCAGUUGCCAUUUUGUGUGGUAGAAAAGAGCAAGAGUCCAGUGGCACUUAUAAGACUUAGGGUAUGGUAGGGUAUGAGCUUUCGUGAGUCACACGUCACUUCUUCAGAUACAUUUUGUGUGGACAGUAUUACUAAACAUGAGCCCAUUCUCUCAAGUUAAUCUGGUCUUCUCGUCAUAUGAACCAAAGCAGGGAAAUAUGCAUCCAGUUCACUCAAAAUGGUGGCAGCACAUAUUGAUAGGAUCUCACAUAGCCUGAACUACUACACACAUGGUUGGCUCACCAAAAUUGUCUGAAAAGACUGGUUUCGGUAGUCUCACAGAACAGGGAUCGAACCAUAGCAAGACUGUUUCCAUAAAGCUAUGCGUGAGAAAGAAACAUGAACUGUUAUGUAUUUUGCUUCCAAGUGGAGUUUAUUCUCCUUUGGUGCUCAAGCAUGACUCGGCUGCAGUCAUACUGUUACAGUGAUUUGUUUAAAAAAAUUUACCUCAGUGGACAGAUUUAUAAGCCAGAAACCUAAACCACACUGUUGGCAGUUUUUAAAAAUUGCUUUGUUCUUGUGCCUUUAUCAGUAGCCAGACAUGCAGAAAUUAAAUAAUUGAAGCUUUCCACAAUAUUUUAUCUCCGUGCCAGGAAAAGCUUUUCUUAUUGAGAGCCAGUAAAGAAACUGGCAACCUCUAAAAAAUCAUUCUCUGAAAUAGAAUAAAAAAUAGAGGGAAAGCUCCACCUUGUGGAACUACAAUAUAUCUCUAGCUGGUUUCAUAAUGCAGUCGCAUGUCUGCUUCAACUGAUCAGUGUCUGCCCCUCUCCUGAGGUACCAGAUUGUUGCGUUCAAUGCAGCGUAUUUUUUCACAUAAAGAGAUUGGAAAGCGUGUGUUUGUGUUUUCCCCCUCUGUAGCUGUCCUCCCCAUCAUACACAGACACACAUUCAGUUGAUCUAAAUAGCAGCAGAAUAAGGUUGCCAGCCAGGCUAUUCACUCUGGCGGAGGCAAAAAUGGGGGGAACACAGCAAUGCUGUAUCAUCAUUUCCAGUUGUACCCAGAAGUGACAUCAUGCCGCUUGAGGGAAUCCCCCAAUUUCUGUGGUAAAAACCAUAGAGAUUUAGGGAAUUCCUACAACACUGUAGGAACUGCAUCUGACGAAGAGAGCUGUGGCUCUCAAAAGCUUAUGCUACAGUAAAGUUGGUUAGUCUUAAAGGUGCUACUGGACUCUUUGCUAUUUUGCUACUGCAGACUAACACGGCCAACUCUGGAUCAACAACAUUGUGAGGUUGUUUUCCCAGCCAUUUUGGCUCCUGCUGGAGUCAAGAGGGACAACAGAAGCUCAGCACCAGGGGCAGGCGAUUGCCAUGUCAUAAGCAUACAAGCAUAAGCAAGCAGCAGUGUGAGGAUUGCCCUUACACUCACUUCCCUAUGCAGCGUCUUCAGCCCAAGCAUGCAUUCAGCACCCCCUGACAAGCCAGAAGAACAUACAGAAACCUGUGGGUGUCUGCUCUUGAGAAAAUUUAUAGAAUUAAUCCCUGUCUUAGUCCAUGCCUUACCCCUGGGCCUUGGUCAAGAACCACAUUUUUGAAAUUGAAAAUUGGCAACUUAAAUGGCAUCCUGCAGGUGUGCAACAGAUUAGUUUUAAUACAUAGGCCCCAAUACAAUUGUCAGUACCUUUUAGCUGACAACUAAGGGAAUAGGCAGAGUUUGGAAAACGCGUUCGCUCAUUUUGCUGCAAUCUCCCAAUUUUCUUAGUGUGCAUUCCAAGAAGCUGAUAUGAGGCAGCCUUAUAGGGGUGUCACAGCAAUCUUGGUUUCCCAGUUGCCUGCCAAUGGCAGGCGAUCUCUUGAGGGUUUGCCCUGCUGCCUGCCAAUUGCUGGCAAUCAGUGGGAGGGGACAAACCUCCAGGGGAUUGCCCUCAGGGAGCGGUGAUGUCACUUCCUGAAGUGACAUCGCGCUGGCCACAGGCAUGCUUCCUCAAUUCGCUGGGGCCAAUUUUGGGCCCAAACAGGCCAAAAUUAGCCCCGCACAAAGCACGGGAGCAUGCCCAUUGCCAGCUUGAUGACUUGGAAGUGAUGUCAUUGCGCCUCUCCAGAAGCAUGCACAAGCAUGCACGCAAGGAAGAGGUAAGUCCUGGGUCUCCCCCACUUCUGCCAGGAGGGUAUAUGGACCUAGGAACCUUAAGGCAACCACUAAGCAACUUGAAGGCCCUUUUAAGGAUUGAAGCCAUGGAGUUUCCCAAAUAACAUCCUUUCAAACUACAUCCCAGCGCCAUGUGAUCCAAGAAGCUGUUUCUGGACAGAGAUGAAUCAGUCUGUAUUUUUACUUAGCGGUCUGAUGGAUGGUGUUUGUCCCACUGUUUGUUAAGCUGCAUUAAACUAUUUAGGAGAACAAUGUUUUAUGAACCACCUCUGACUACAAUGAAUGUGCUGGCUGUUUUCUUAUAGCCAGGGGGGAAACGCACAAUGUCCAUGACGGGAAAUGGUGUGGUUUUGUAACAUGAUAGCACUGUGUACUUACUAUGUCUUUCUAGGCUGUUGUGUGUGUGU